CGUUCUGCUUGGUCAAAGAAACGAUGCUAGUCACGAAUAAGUUUCAGUUGGAAAUUUUAUAUAGCUGUUGCGGUGUGUAACGGUUCGCAGUGUUAAAUAAAGCAACGGUUUUACAGGCAAACUGAAAACAGAGAGAGAGAGAGAAGGAAGGAAGGAAGGAAGGAAGCAAGCAAGCAAGCAAGCAAGCAAGCAAGCAAGCCAGCCAGCCAGCAAGCCAGCCAGCAGUAGUCAAAAUGGUGUCUCUGAUCUGCACCGUACAAGGUCAUCGCGAUGAUGUGAAUUGCUGCGCAUUUUCCGCCUCGCUCCUGGCCACCUGCUCGGCCGAUAAAACCGUCCGGGUCUACUCCACCCGAGACUUCUCCGAGCUCCCGUUCUCGCCGCUCUCGGGCCACGGUUACGGGGUCCACUGCUGCUGUUUCAGCUCCUGCGGCCAGUACCUGGCGUCCUGCUCCACGGAUGCCACCACGGUGGUGUGGGCGAUGGGCAGCGGUGAGAUCGAGGCCGUGCUCGAGCAUCCGGGCAGGAGUCCGGUCAGGGUGUGCGCCUUCUCACCCGACUCCUCGUGUCUGGUUUCGGGCGCUGCAGACGGCACCGUAGCUCUGUGGGACUUCCCAUCCAGAACUCUGCGCAGGACCGGUGCCGUUCCCGACACCACUAUGGUAGCGUGUUCCUUUAGCCCCUGUGGUCAGCUGUUUGCUACAGGUUCUACGUAUGGAGACCUCCGUAUCUGGGACCUGGGCAUGAACCAGCUCCACGCCGAGAAGUACGCCCACGACCUCGGGGUCACCUGCUGCCAGUUUGCACCGCACAUAAUGACUGAUAAGGCAGGCGGUCUGGUCCAGUUCCGUUUGGCCUCCUGUGGUCAGGACAGCUUGCUGAAGAUCUGGCUGGUUUCUCAGAACUUCUCUAUAGGUUGUAAAAUGCAGCUGGUACACACACUGUCAGGUCAGUCGUCUGUGGUCCUGUGCUGUGCCUACUCUGCAGACGGACAGCUUUUAGUGUCUGGGUCUAUGGAUAAGACAGUCACAGUUUAUGAAGCUAAUGAUGGAGUCUUACUCUAUACGCUGAACCAGCAUGAGAGGUAUGUGACGGCGUGUGCGUUCUCCCCGACUGUCCCCCUCAUAGCCACCGGCUCCAUGGACAAAACGGUGAACGUGUGGAGGGUGGAGGACGGCGGCAGCUCUCAGGGUGCUGGACCUGAUGGCAAAUCUCUUCCAGACGAAGUCCCUUGUGGCUCACACGAAGCAGGCAGGAAGUGGCCGGGUCAUUCCAGGCUGACGGUGAGCGAUUGGUCAGAGGACGAUGUGUCGGCAUGGUUACGGGAGGAGGGGCUGGAGAGCCUCGUCGACACGUUUAAGGCCAAUAACAUCGAUGGAGCAGAACUGCUCUCGCUGAGCAAGGAGAGCCUCAGCUCGGAGCUUCGUAUAGAGUCACUGGGUUUGCGCGGUAAAAUUCUGCGAAAGAUCGAGGAGCUGAAGAUGGCACCGGUAUCCGACGGCAUUCCUGACGAGUUCCUCUGCCCCAUCACACACGAGGUCAUGAAGGACCCGGUGAUUGCUGCAGACGGCUAUUCCUACGAGCGGGAUGCCAUCGAGAGCUGGAUCAAUACGAAGAGCCGCUCCAGCCCCAUGACCAACCUGCCGCUGCAGACCACACUGCUCACCCCCAACCGCACGCUCAAAAUGGCCAUCUGCCGCUGGUCCAGCAGCCAGUGAUCACCACACACUCUCUCAAAUGCAACAGAACAUGACUGAAACCCGGUCCGAGGGGGACGUCCUGCGUCCCCCCACAACGCUCGAGACGGGUAAUUCACGCUGUAACAGCUUUGAAUCAGGUAUGCUGGGAGCUUAGGACAAAAACGCUGGCUAGCCGGGAUCGCUGAAAACCCCGCUCGACUGCACAGCUCGAAGGUUAGCACACCAAUCAGUCCUCGUCCAGACACCUGCUUAAAAUGUGAAACCACACACGGGUAAGAGAUUAAUGAUGUGCAUUAGAUUUAUGUGUUGGAGUCUGUAGGAACCUCACAGUAAACAUUUAUAAAUCGGUUAUCAAUCAGUUGAUCGAUCUGGACACAAUUCGGACCUUUUCUAGUAAAACCACUUCCUGAUUUUAAAACUUAUUUUCAUCCAUCGUAUAAAAACAAAAGUUUCAUUUAAACCUAAAUGAUCCUUGCUGUACGAAAAUUUAAAUUAUGCAUUCAUUUAAUAAUUAUAUCCAAGCAAACUGUGUCUGAAUAGAGAUAUUACACUUGAUGUAAUUAGUAUAUUAUCUCAAACAGAGCUCUCCUGCGAAAACAGCAAACUCCUUAUGCACUAUGUUUCUAUAUUUAUGUUACACCCAAUGUAGUGAGCAUAAGAUCGUGAAUAGGUUACGACCUCACUGUGAUUUAAUCCUUGGAAUGUUUUGGAAGUGUUAAGUAUCAUAUGUGAUAGGAAGUCGUUAUUGUAUGAGUAUAAAUUCACACACGUUAAUAUUCAGAUGCGUUACAGUGAAAUCUGAAUCAGCUGUGUAAAAUAUAUCAUUGUUUAAUUUAGACACAUUUUUGGUUCAUUUUUGGCAAAAUAACACGAUGAUUAAUCAGUUAAUCAAGUCUUAAAGUUCACUUUUUUUUUUAUAUAUCUAGCUUUGCACAAAUAAUUUACUUAACAUUUCCUGCUCUUUAUACAUGUACGCAUGCAUGAUUUCAUACAACAAUGUUUAGCUGAAAUCUUUUUUUCUUUAAAAAAAAUACAAUUAACAUUUGCAACAUAUUUCAUUACUAGCUGUAAGAUUUUACACUCUGAUGUAGCUGUUGUGAUUGGCUACCAAUGCCAUGGCAUUAUAACACACUGCACUAAAAACACUGGUUGGUUGCGCGAAAAUUGAUGUUAAAUAUUGAUAGUAAAAUAACUUUUGACUGCCUUAACUGCUACAAUGUUAUCAUUGUGCAUUGCUGAAUGCUGGGGCAAAGCAACCAAUCACAACUCUUGAAUCCAUAAUACUGGACUGGGUUAGAGCUUAAAGCAUAUACAACCCUGGAUUAUGAACGUGACUUUGCAAUUUCAUAGAGAUGGGUUAAUGAAGGGUUAAGACACUGCAGUCCUAAUAAAGUUAAACUCACCUA